AUGAAGCCUUUCGUGUUCGCGUCACUGAAGUCGUCUGAUGACGAUGACUUGGUCGAGCUGGCAUAUGACAAUCUCGGUACAAUCGAGCUCAAGAUUGUCCCAGUCCGCGAUUUCUUCCAGAGCGCAAUCCAUACGCCGUCGCUCGAUACGCUUCAAGUGCACGAGCGGUCGAAAAAAGCAGUAACUCAGCAAAUAACGCUCGGAGAUCCUCUUACGCUUCAAGCCCCAAUACCCACAUUUAAGGCGCAGAGGAGCGGGCCGGACAUCGUUAGAUUUGUUUUCAGGUAUCGACCAUUAGACGUCCUCAGAGCCAAUGGUCUUGUGCCACCGACUAACGCGACCGGACUUGUCGGUGACAACUCCGUUCGCAAGCGGAAGCGUAAAGCAGGGCCGACUGCCACAACUCUUGUGGGCAGCUCGUCCCUGUCAAAUCAACUCCCAACGCCCGAUACCGAGGGGAGCGAUGGCGAUCCAAGUUUGUCCGAAAGCGAUGGCGGCGCACAAGACGUACUGGAAUUGAAGGCGCUGAAGGAUCGUAUGGAUGCACUGGAAGCUCGGUUGGCGUCUCGGGAUAGACGCAAGAAAGGAAGUAAAAGUAAAAAAGCCAAGCUAAAGAAGGAAGAAGACGUAGAUGUGAAGCCAAACCUGAAGAGAGAUCCAGAACCAGAGAUUAUUGACUUGACGCUGGACUAA